CGAAGGAAGGAAGCGCGGGCUGCGGGCACCCUGGGCCGCGGGAGGGGAGUGGGAGCGAGGCCCGCCGCGGCCCACAGACGCGAGAGCCCGGGACACGAGCGACCCCCGAGGCUGUGUCUCUGCUGCCACCCAGCCCGGCCUCGACCCGCCGGCGGGAGGUCACCGGGAGUCACUGCCCAGCUCGCGGCGGUGCGGGAGGAGCGGCUCGGGGCGGCCACGCAAGCCCCUCCUCUCCCCGCGCGGGUCUCCGGACGCGCGUGGGCUGGCAGCCUCGGUGCUCAAUCCGCACAGAAGGGUGGCGGCGGGGAAGGAGACGAUCGUGGAGAGACCUCGGGUGACACUCCACGAGGGACCCUGCGAGGGUGACUCAAACAGGAAGGUUUAUAUGGAAAGGACAUUGGGGUGAGCUGAGCCUCUUCUCUAUUUCUAGCUGGCCUUCCUGAUUCACCACCCCCCUUUAAAACCUGGAGACAUUGGACUACGCAAAGCCUUGUUGAUUUUAGGGAGACUAAUCGUCAAAGAUGUCCAGCAAGACGGCAAGCACUAACAACAUUGCCCAGGCUAGGAGAACUGUGCAGCAGCUGCGGUUGGAAGCCUCCAUCGAGAGAAUAAAGGUCUCAAAAGCAUCUGCAGACCUGAUGUCAUACUGUGAGGAGCAUGCCCGGAGCGACCCUCUGCUGAUAGGCAUACCGACCUCGGAAAACCCAUUCAAGGAUAAGAAGACCUGCAUCAUCUUAUAGUAGACCGGGAAGCAACCCCUCGCCUCUUAAAGCAAACCACGGCAGCAACCUGAAGAGAUGCCUUCAGCUUACCCGGUAACCACAGCUAGUAACUAAAACACUCUUCUCUUGGAAUAACAGACCCUGAAGUCUCUCUCUUCCAAGUUGUCCUUUCUUCGCCCUUUACUGAUUUAAUACAGAAUAACAAUCUUACUUUCUAUUUGAUAACUAUGGUAUCAUAUUGGGUUACUGUAUAAGGAAAGCGACAGGGGAGUUGGGGAAGCUUGUCUUUUCAAUACAAAGUUGAUCAAGAUAUGUCAAGACCUAAACUGUCUAAGCACCAGUAAAUUAAAAUGUCAAGAAUCACUCCGGUCCGAAACCUUUAUAUUAUGUUCUUAAUAAGACUUUUGCCAACCUGUCCCCUACACAGGGGGCCUGGAGAGGCAGGUGUCUGCGACCAUAGCUUUUUGCACUCUUGCCACUCAGCACACUGAAACUUCCUGCUGGAAGAUCAGCCCCUCUAUCUGGAACUCCGUGGAUGUAAAAGAACAGAUUCUUAACAUGUAAUUUUUGUACAAAAAAAGGUAAUGAAAGAAUGUUGCAAAGCUCACAUUCAUCCUAAUGAGCUGAUCUUGUCUAAUCUCCUCUCUUGGAAUCACGCUGACCCCUUAGUCUGCAAUAAACUGUGCCCAUUAAAACGCUAAGACAAAACUGAAGGCCCUUUGCUGAGGUAUUAGUUCAUAUCAGUCAUUUGGGCUUCUGUGAUUCUGAGGCUAAGAAAGGGAAAGAGGCCCUCUGGAGGACCCUGGGCAGCUUCACACCACGGCUCGUGAUGCUUGCUGGAUUCUGGGGGUGGCCACCUCAGAAACUUCCACCCUCACGGCUGGAAUGCAAGAAGGAAGUGUGAGCCUCGCCUUGAGGAGAGCAGGACUGUGAAAACAGCUGCUUUCCUGGGCCCAGCUUGGUAGGCAACCCUCUCCCUUUCUCCUCGCCAGCAUGAUACCUGUCCCUUGCUGCUAGAGCAACUAUUUUCGUGGGGACAUUCUCUCCUACCCAGCUCCAGCUGGGUGGAAUGCAGUGGGAAGAAACAGUCGAGCAAUAUGAAGACACUUGAGCUCUUUCCAGACGGCUGCAGUUUCAUCACUGCCGUUGUCACAAACCACCCAGGGCAAGGGACCCUUCCGGCGGGAGGCUUGCAGUCUGUAGGGCAGUCCCGGCACUUCCAGCAAUCGGGGAUUGAGGUCAUCAGUUUUACCUUGAUUAUGAAGAUAGCCCAUGUACCCUCAGAGUGUCCGGUGAGGAUCCCAGAGGCAGACAACCUGCCAUGACCAAGGACGUAUCUUGACUUUGUCACAAUGAGAGGGUUCAUUUAAAAUAUUCAUUUAGAAACCCAACCCAAAGACAAGGCCUGUGAUAUUUUGAUUCAUUUUCAGUUCAUUAAGGUAACUACUAAGGAAGGAUUUCUAAAAAGUAUUCUCAAGAAGGACUUAGCCUCUAGGAGUUGUUUUUAGAGAACUUGCCCUACGAGAAAAUCUCUCUGAAUGUCUAGUGCCUGGGCCUUGAGCAUCAUGCUUCUUGAUGACAAACAGAUGCAGUACUAUUUCUAAACAACUCAGAGACAUCCAAUAUUUCUCCAAGUCCCCCGUCUGGCCAGCACUUGGAACUGAGCAUAGAAAACCAUAGCACUGCCCACAACCUGGUCUCACCUAUUGCUUAGUUUCCAGCUGUAUUAAAGGCACCUGUUCAGGAGAGAGAGCAAGCUUUUGCCUUGCAAAAGGUAAAAAUGGAAGUGUACACCAAAAAGACAAUUUUAACAUUUAAUGGAACAUUCUUUUUUUACAAGUAUAUUUUUCUACUGAUGGUUUCAGAACACUAAUCUUAUAGUCACUCUAAUUUUAAACAUGUUUCUUUAAAUAUUUAUGAGGCAGUUUAUUACAGAAUAUUUUUAUGCAAUCAUGUGCACAUUAUUGGUAGCAUAGUAUAUUCUUUACUACUUAUACAUAUGUUUGUUAAUAUGCUUUUAAUGGUAAGAAAUGAAUUUGAGGUCCCAGGAGAUACUGUUGCCUUUUCCUUAAAGACAGUAAAUGUCUUAUAACUCCCUAACCAGAUCUGAACUGUGCUCACAAUAAAAGUGAAAUCAGAUCCUUUAAUGCUGGAACCAAGAGGGAAACCAUUAAGCCAAAUGUUGAUUUACUGAUACCUAAAUGUCUAUGUGAGAAAUUAUAAUAUAUGUAUACUGUAUAUGACAUGCAGAAGUCACUUUUAUUUAUCUUUGUUCACUUAUAAAGCCAGAUAACUGUCUGCAGCAGUAUGUUGAUGAUCAUAAUGAAUGGGAGUCCCAUGUGGGAUUUUUCCCUACACUGACAACCUGGCUUCAUUUCUGUAUGUUCGAUCUGUCUUGUCUGUAGUGAGCAAUAUAAUGUUUAUACUCUGAUCAUUACAGCCCAUCAUGAAUUUUAGCCCUGGGGCUGUGGCAAGAUAGAGUAUGCAAGAUUCCAUGACUCCAAAACAUUUUGAAGAAACACACAUAUUUAGAAUCAAGGGAAAUGCUUUGUAUAUCAGGUGGUUCAUAGGCUGUGGGUUGUGCUAAAUAUUUUGAUUUUCUGAAAUCAUGUUUUUCAACUUUCUGCCAUAUGAAAGUAAGAGUGUCAUACUUAAUUUUCAAGGGAAGGUUUGGCUUUUUCUGUAUUUAGGUUAUUUUUAUACUUUGCUAAUCUUUAAACUAUCCACAGGGAAAAUUUUAUACCAAUGAGUUAAUAAUUUUGACUCAUUGUUUACACAGUAUAAGAUGCGUCAAACUGGGGCCAGCAAGAUGGGCUCAGUGAGUAAAGGUGCUUGCUCCCAAGCCCAGCAACCUGUGUUUGAUCCCUAGGAUGUACAAGGUAGAAGAAAAGAAUGAUUCCCACAGGUUGUUCUCUGACCUCUACAUGCUCAGUGUGUUACCCUGCACACACACACACACACACACACACACACAGUAACAGUAAAAUAACGUUUUUAUAAAGAUGUGCCAAAUUAUCUGUCCAGGUGCCUCCUUUCUACCAGCUUACCACUAAGGUAGAACUGUCAGACUCAUCACUCUGAAUUCAUAUUAAAAAUGUAUCCGUGCACAGACCCAAGAGUCAUUUCCAUUGGAAUAAAUGUAAUGCUGAAGUAUGCUAUGAAGUUUGUUGUUUUCUUUCAUCAUAAGCCUGUUAGUGGGGAAAAUACAUCAAAUCAAAUAGAAUAGAGCAUUUACCAGUGGUUGGUGGUCUGGUCAGUCCUCUGCCGGAUGACUUUGGACCAGGCACUUCAGCUCUCCCUUCCCCUUUGUCACAAGGGAGGAGAAGGAGAUGCUGGCUGAGAUCCUCCCUGUUCCCAGAUGCCUUGGUUGAAUGACCUCCCUCUCUGCUGGUCCUUCUAGUGAGUUGGUGCUACGAGCUGCUUCAAAUCCUGGUUUGUCCAUAGUGUGUGCUCACCUACUUGCAUUUAUGUUGCAUAGUACCUGUCCUAGGCUGACAGACUUAGUUUCUGUAACGUCUCAUUUUUACCCAUGUUAACUACAGACACAUAUUCUCUUCUGUCUCAGUAAAGUUUCAGUUGGUAAAUUGUUGCGAUUUUGUUAUUUGAUUAUAUUCUUUGGCUACUCGUCCAAGCAUCUUACUCAUUUUAACACUGUGAUUGUUAUUUGGAACUCUGUUCUGUGGGAAAGAAUAAAAGCAUUUUUUUCACUUGCUAACAUGCUCACAAAUGUGAGAGAAGAGUCAUUAAAAAGCCUGCUUUACGGACUGGG